AUGCUUAGGGAGUCAGAAGAACAAGAAAUUUUCGUGAGAAACAGCGAUGACGGGGCAAUUUCGCUUCAAGAUUUACCAUCACAGAAAGAAGGACAAAAUGACGAUGAAACACCUUUACUGUUAAAUAAUUCACUUCAAGACUCUGUUAUAACGGUAGAGUAUCCCGGAAUAAUAGGAAGCGAUGAAGAUUUGAGAAGACCGGGAGAUGGUGGAAAUUUUUUUUUGAGUUUUUUAAACAUGGCCAAUAGUAUUAUUGGAGCCGGAAUAAUCGGUCUUCCAUACUCAUUUAAAGAGGCCGGUAUAUUUACUGGGAUUAUAUUACUGAUCGUGCUCACAAUAAUGGUGGAUUGGACGAUUCGGUUACUAGUUAUUAAUUCGAAACUAUCAGGGAGAAGUUCAUAUCAAGGCAUGAUGGACUUUUGUUUUGGAAAGAAAGGAUAUAUUGCCAUAUCCUUAUUUCAAUUUGUGUUUGCUUUUGGGGGGAUGUGUGCAUUUUGUGUCAUAAUAGGAGAUACAAUUCCGAAUGUCAUAAAAUCAAUAUUUCCGGGGAUAGUAGAUAUUCCAUUUCUAUACUUAUUCGCAGAGCGAAAUUUUGUAAUAAUACUUUGUACUGUCUUCAUAUCAUAUCCAUUGGCACUGUAUCGUGAUAUUACAAACUUGGCCAAAGCGAGCGGAUUAGCAUUAAUAUCGAUGGUUAUUAUUGUUGCGGCUGUUGCCAUAGAAGGUCCAACGGUUGAUGAAUCGUUGAAAGGCAGAAAAGAGGGUACAUUCGCCUUUAUAAAAUCUGAAGUAUUUCAGUCAAUUGGCGUGAUCAGCUUCGCCUUCGUUUGUCAUCAUAACAGUUUACUUAUUUUUGACGCAUUAAAAAAGCCUACGUUGAAUAGAUUUGCGGCUGUCACGCACUUAUCGACUGGAAUGUCUAUGGUUGCGUGUAUGGUUAUGGCUUUAGUUGGAUAUUUGGUGUUUACUGAUAAAACACAAGGAAAUAUUCUAAAUAAUUUUCCUGAUAAUGAUUUUCUAAUAAAUGUCGCGAGGUUCUGUUUUGGAUUUAAUAUGUUUACCACUCUACCAUUAGAAUCAUUCGUAAUCAAUAACUAUUUUUUUUCUCAGAAACCGUUUUCACUCGUAAGACAUGUCAUUAUAACCACAUCACUGGUUGGAGGUGCAAUGUCUGUUUCGCUUUUAACCGAUGACCUUGGCAUAGUACUUGAAAUUACUGGUGGAUUUUCAGCAACUGCACUGGCUUAUAUUCUACCGCCACUGUGUUUCUUGAAAUUAUCAUCGGGAAACUGGUUGAGCGUGAAAAAGUUUCCGGCGUUAUGUCGGGCUUCAUAG